AUUGGAUAGGACUAUAGGAGGAUUGUGUUUUGCAACAACUCCGUGUGUUUCACAUUGAAGACAAGUCCCACCUCUAUAAAUAAAGUAGCCUCCCUCAAAAACAUAACAUAUUGAAAAAGCUCUCAUUUUUAGCUAAUUAUUUUCUUGAAGUAGUACUGCGAGAAAUGGAUUCAAGGUAUACUGGGAAGAGUGAAAAUGAAAUGAAUAUCGACGAUGAAGAGACAAGAAGUAAAUACCCAUUUGUGAGUAUUUUAAGUAUGAGUGGAGGAGAUGGAGAUAAUAGUUACUCCUCCAAUUCUCUUCUUCAGAGAAGAGUUUUAUCAAUGACCAAAGCAAUCCUGGUUAAAAACACCAAAGAAAUGAUGACAAACUUGGGCUUUCCUAAAUGUAUUAAACUAGCCGAUUUGGGCUGUUCUUCAGGACAAAACACGUUCUUGGUGAUAUCAGAGAUCGUUAACACAAUCAAUUUGUUAUGUCAAGAAUGGAACCAAAACCCACCCGAGAUAGAUUGUUGUCUGAACGAUCUCCCUGGUAAUGAUUUCAACACGACGUUCACGUUCAUAACUUUCUUCAACGAUAAGCUCACAAGCAAAAUACCAUGCUUUGUCUCUGGAGUCCCUGGUUCCUUUUACUCAAGGCUUUUCCCACGCAAGAGUCUCCAUUUCAUUCAUUCAAAUUACAGUAACCAUUACCUCUCCAAGGUUCCCGACGGACUGGAGAAGAAGAGAGUCUACAUAACAAGUUCAAGUCCUCUAAGUGAAUACAAGGCUUACUUGAAUCAAUUCCAAAGAGAUUUUACGACGUUUCUGAGGAUGCGCUCUGAAGAGAUGGUAUCUAAUGGACGCAUGGUUCUCACAUUAAUCGGUAGAAACACUCUUGAGGAUCCACUAUAUAGAGAUUGUUGUCAUUGGUUGACAUUGUUAUCCAAUUCUCUGUGCGACCUUGUCUUCGAGGUAAGGAAGUCAUUAGAUAUUCACAUUAAUUUGUUGAAAAUAAUUUUAAAUAUGUAA